GUGACGUAAACGGUCCAACUGUCUCUGUCUCUGACUGCUGAGGGUAAAGGCUAGCAGUGAGACGCUUAUUUCACAAUACCACCGGUCGCGCAACUUUCCGAAGCUUAGUAAUGGCAGCCACAUAUUCACGACUUUCGGCAGGAGACACUUCUUCAACACGUUCAAGAUUAGGAGCCAGUCCAAAUUAAACUUCCACCAGUGUACUCCACCCUUCGGUUGGAGGAGGAAGGAACCUAGGCAGGUUUCCCACCGCUUAAGUUUUCAGUUUCCAUUGGCAGAGAGUUUCUCCGAGGUAGAACCUACCUACUUGUCCAACCCAACGUAUGCACUGCUUUCGUUUGCCUACCAAGAUUUUGCCUACCACAUCACAUCAUUCGCACACAGACAAUAUGUCGUCUGCACAAGGGGCUGGUUUCCAUCAGUAUGGACAAGGAACAUUUGUUCCAGCAGCUCCUGGUCCAGCAGCUCCUGGGCCAACAGCUCCGGGCCUGGGCUGGCAAGGACACCGACCACCUCCCCCGCCGGUACGCACGCGUAAGGCACCUGGCAUAAGGUUUUGUCAUCCCGGCUACAACAUACCAAACCAGUUGUUUCGUCUUCCACGGGUCGAUACGGAGGAUAAUCAGGAAUUUGGCGUACACCAUAAGACAGCACUUGUUGCAUGCCAGAUCAUUGCUGGUAAUCGGUUCAACAAAAGCUACCUUUCCCUACAUCAGACAGGCCAGCCAGUUCAGACGCCGAUGGAUGGUGUCUUGACCCAGGAUCGGUAUUAUUUUAUCAUUGACGGCUGCGAAGAACCCUACCCCAUCGUUCCUAGCUUUCGCGACUGGCAAUUUCCCCACGACUGUAUCCCUGAGUACUGGCUCCCUGAGUACUGGCCAGCACAACCUUCUCCUACUAAGGAUUCGCCAGCCUGUGCUGUUACUGGCGUUUCCUGGGCUACUAAGAGUGCCCAUCUGGUCCCAAGAGAAGAACAUGUUUGGUAUAUUGAGAACUCUAUGAGUGAGUAUGCAGCCGGAAUGGGAGGUACAGGCGCUAUAGAUCCUAACCCGGCAAACAUUAUACCUCUCCGAAGAGAUAUCCAUCGUUGUUUCGACAAGCGAUGGUUUGCUAUCGUUCCCAAGCCAUACCCUUCACACGAUCCUUCUCUUCCAGGCUUUACAACCCAAUAUGUCACGCAUCUUCUCACGGCUGAGGCUGCCGAAAUCUGGCCCGAGCAGCACUACGUCAGCCCCAACAACCUCCACGAAGAGUGUACCCCAUAUCUUUUUGCUCGUUUCGCCUGGGCUAUCCUUCUCCAGGUCAAGCCCUUUAUCACUUCAGGUAAAGACCGGGUCGUCAUCUACGUGGAUGAUCCAAAGGCUGAAGACCGGGUAUUCAAAACUGGGUGGCUUAAGGGAGCAGAGCUUAACCGGAGAUAUGGGGGCGGCGGGGAACAAGGUGCCAAGGAAAAGGCAACGACGCCUAGCAAGAGAAAGAAGGGGUCAGAGAAGAGCAAUGCCGACAACAGCAGCAGCAUCGACGAUGGGGAUCUGAACCACGGAUGGGUAUACAGGACUGGGUGGCUUAGCGGAGCGGAACUCUAUCGGAGAUAUGCAGGCGGUGACGAUGCUGACAAGAGAAGCAACGGCGACGACCAAGGCAGUAAUGGGGACGACGAAGGUUUCGAGACGACGUCCCAGGAUGAUUAGCAGCCAUCCUCGCCUGAUGUCGCCGAAGACGAGGUCGUGGCUGUGACCACGCCACGGGACGGUAUCAUCCGCAAAAAUGACCGACUCAGUUCUUCUAUUCGGGCCGCCAUCAAGAAACUUCUGUCUACCAAGAUCAGGCCCGCCGUCUUCGAUCAUUCACACGACAAAAAUGCCGCCAACCCGUCUGCUAUGGAUCUGGCUGGCAAGAAAGGCAGAGGCGUGCUGGGACGGCUACAGAGCUAGAAGUUGGCAUAGUUCAUAGUACAUCACCUGGAGCUUACUCUGAGGACGGCUCGAGCUUACUCUAAGCUUGCUCAGCCCUAUGGGACUCUUCUUUAUGAUAAUCAUGUCCUACGACUGAAUCCAGUAUAUUACAUAGAACAUUCCAGCUGCCAGUAAGAGCC